GCGCCAGCGAGCGAGCGAGCGAGCGAGCGCCGGGGAGGGGGCCGGGAGCGAGGGGCAGCUCGGGAGAGCCGGAGCGGUAGCGGCGGCGGCGGCGGCGGCGAGGCUCGGCGCCCUCUUCCCUGCAAACCAUGUUUGCCAAAGGCAAAGGCUCGGCGGUGCCCUCGGACGGGCAGGCUCGGGAAAAGUUAGCUUUAUACGUCUACGAAUAUUUACUGCACGUAGGAGCACAGAAAUCUGCACAGACCUUCUUAUCGGAGAUUCGAUGGGAAAAAAACAUCACGUUGGGAGAACCGCCUGGGUUUUUGCACUCGUGGUUGAGUGCAGCAGCUGCCCCGAGCCCCGUGCUUGGCAACAUUCCCCCCAACGAUGGGAUGCCGGGAGGCCCCAUCCCGCCAGGUUUCUUUCAGGGUCCUCCGGGGUCACAGCCCUCGCCGCACGCACAGCCUCCACCUCACAAUCCUAGCAGCAUGAUGGGACCCCACAGUCAGCCUUUUAUGUCACCGCGAUACGCAGGCGGCCCCAGGCCCCCGAUCAGAAUGGGAAACCAGCCUCCAGGAGGAGUUCCUGGGACACAGCCAUUGCUGCCCAAUUCCAUGGAUCCCACACGACAACAAGGCCACCCCAACAUGGGAGGAUCAAUGCAGAGAAUGAACCCUCCCCGAGGCAUGGGGCCCAUGGGCCCUGGCCCACAGAAUUAUGGCAGCGGCAUGAGACCACCACCCAACUCCCUCGGCCCCGCCAUGCCCGGGAUUAACAUGGGCCCAGGAGCUGGCAGACCCUGGCCCAAUCCUAACAGUGCUAACUCAAUUCCAUACUCCUCCUCAUCACCUGGUACCUAUGUGGGACCCCCUGGUGGUGGCGGCCCUCCAGGAACACCCAUUAUGCCCAGUCCCGCAGAUUCAACAAAUUCCAGUGACAACAUCUACACAAUGAUUAAUCCGGUGCCGCCUGGAGGCAGCCGGUCCAACUUCCCAAUGGGUCCCGGCUCAGAUGGUCCGAUGGGCGGCAUGGGCGGCAUGGAGCCACACCACAUGAAUGGAUCGUUAGGGUCAGGCGACAUAGACGGACUUCCAAAAAAUUCUCCUAACAACAUAAGUGGCAUUAGCAAUCCUCCAGGCACCCCUCGAGAUGACGGCGAGCUAGGAGGGAACUUCCUCCACUCCUUUCAGAACGACAAUUAUUCUCCAAGCAUGACGAUGAGUGUGUGAUCCCCCCUUCUCCGAGACGCUGAGAGAGCGGGCAUUGCAGGCGGGAAGAUGCCAGAAAUUAUGCAAGAAGUGAGGUGUCAUUAUCCAGGAGCUGGUGGGGAGGGCGUCUCCCUGCUCCCCUCAAUCCCCUCCCACCCCAUCCACGCCCCCCACCUUUCCCAAUUUUAGUUUCAUGCAAUAAAAAGGCCGAACUUUUUAUUCCAUAAAACAUGAAGGACAAAACUCAAAAAUGUAUUUCAAGUCAGUGACCAGAAAAAUCGCACCCCUUGCCCUUUCCCCAAAGGACAUUUUCCGUACACGACACUUUUUUGUUUUUUGUUUGGGGUUUUACCGUUGGGAUUUUUUUAUUUGUUUUUUGGGGGGGGGGUUUGGGGAAAAUUUUUUUAAAUGGAAGCUUCUAGCAAGCCCCCCACCCCAAUCAACCUCUAUGCUUUCUUCUUAAAAAAAAACAAAAAACAAAACAAAACAAAAAAACCAGAAGCCCUGCUGUGUAUCUGUCCCCAAGCCCUUCCACCAGAAAAGCUAGUCUAGGUGUGAGAGCCCACGUUGUCUGUAGCCAUCAAAAAUAAUAAUAAUAAACUGGACAGUUUACAAUCGGUGGUUUCUUUCAAAAGGCCUUUUUUGGAAAGAAGAAAAGGCAGUCACCGUUUUCCACUUGGGGUUUUGGUUUGUGCAACAGGCAGGGGAGGAGCGGGAAUGCGUUUGUUCUAGCUUGAUUUCUCUGGCAACGGCAGUGGCACGCUUGGACCUCAGAACCCAGCACCCUCAUCCUGUGGCCAGAGGGGCCGGACCACCGGCCCCUUUCAGGAUUCCACCACAGCCCAGCCCAUCGCCGUGACCCGGUGGCAUGCACUGUUCCCAGGAUGCCUUCCUCCUCCUCUCCUGGACCUCCCAGCCCCUCCUCCGCCCCCACCCCAGUCUUCCCAGUGAGAAUCCUGCCAGCUGGGUGGUGGCCUGACGCAGAGUAGGAGAGGCUGCCACUGACAGGAUGGCUAUGACCUGGGACAUGGAAACAGUGACCUCCACCUUCUGGUCCCGAGAUCCUCGCAUCAGCGUCAUCAUGUGCACCGGCUGGGGGGCUCGAGUACCAGUUUUCUUUGUUUUUUCUCUUUAUUCGUCCUUUCUCAAAGAUGGGAUACUGACCAGAAUUGCUCUGUAUAUGCUUGGGACUGGAUGGAAAGACUUUGGAGCAGCUGUGGGGGGUGGGGGGACACCGACAACCAAACAGAUGUGCUGUCUCCGGUCCUGUUUUUAUUUUCAAAAACCAACAAGCCCGACGGUGGAGCCUGUCCCCUCCCGGGAGGGUGCUUAUGGCCCCGCUCACCUCAUCACCCCACAGAAACCUUUGUGUCUUGCCCUGGAAGACACCCGAAUUCUUUGUACAUUGACAUGCCCUUCUCCUUCCUCCCUCCCCUGUAGCUGGUCUUUGUUUUACUCCCUCCCUUUCUGAUCCAUGUAUAUCAUAUUAUGUGAGAUAUCA